GUCCUGCGCGGGUCCAAGCCGGUGAGCCGCGGCGGCCAGGCUGGCUGGGCCGCGGCGGACGGCCAGGGCUGGAGCGUCCCCGGCGGGCGGGCAAGCGCACGCUGCUUGGCGCGCGGGCUGACCGCCUCGCGCCCCCGGGAUCCGCGAUGUUGGGCAGCUCCGCGCCGCGGCCUGCGGCCCUCGAGACGGGCCCUGCACUGCCGGCGCUGCAGCAGACGGGGUUCCAGGAGGACCAGGAGAACAUCAACCCGGAGAAGGCGCCCGCCCCGCAGCCGCGGACCCAGGCCGCGCUGGCUGUGCUGAAGGCCGCGAACCCGCGGUGUCCCGCGCCGCAGAAGCCCAAGACGCGCCGGGUAAAGGUCGCACCUCUAAAGGAUCUUCCCGUGAAUGAUGAGCAUGUCACUGCUGUUCCUCCUUGGAAGGCAAACAGUAAACAGCCUGCAUUCACCAUUCAUGUGGAUGAAGCAGAGGAGGAGACUCAAAAGAGGCCAUCUGAAAAAAGAACAGAGUGUGAGAAUGUCCUGGCUUUUAGUACAGCUGCUACUUUACCUGGACCAAGAAAACCUCUGGUGCCUCUGGAUUAUCCGAUGGAUGGUAGUUUUGAGUCGCCACACACUAUGGAUAUAUCAAUUGUGUUAGAAGAUGAAAAGCCAGUGAGUGUUAAUGAAGUGCCCGACUACCACGAGGAUAUUCACACAUACCUUAGGGAAAUGGAGGUCAAGUGUAAGCCUAGAGUGGGCUACAUGAAGAAGCAGCCAGACAUCACUAACAGUAUGCGGGCUAUCCUUGUGGACUGGCUGGUUGAAGUGGGAGAAGAAUAUAAACUACAGAAUGAGACCCUGCACUUGGCUGUGAACUACAUCGACAGGUUCCUCUCGUCCAUGUCAGUGCUGAGAGGGAAACUUCAGCUUGUGGGCACAGCUGCCAUGCUGCUAGCCUCAAAGUUUGAAGAAAUAUACCCCCCAGAAGUAGCCGAGUUUGUGUACAUCACCGAUGAUACCUAUACCAAGAAACAGGUGCUGAGAAUGGAGCACCUAGUUUUGAAAGUCCUUGCUUUUGACCUAGCUGCACCAACAGUAAAUCAGUUUCUUACCCAAUACUUUCUACAUCAGCAGCCUGCAAACUGUAAGGUUGAAAGUUUAGCAAUGUUCUUGGGAGAGUUGAGUUUGAUAGAUGCCGACCCGUACCUGAAGUACCUGCCAUCAGUCGUUGCUGGAGCAGCCUUUCACUUGGCUCUCUACACUGUCACAGGCCAGAGCUGGCCUGAAUCGCUGGUACAGAAGACCGGAUACACCCUGGAAAGCCUCAAGCCCUGUCUCCUGGACCUCCACCAGACCUACCUCAGAGCCCCGCAGCAUGCACAGCAGUCCAUAAGGGAGAAGUACAAGCAUUCGAAGUAUCAUGGAGUUUCUCUCCUCAACCCACCAGAGACACUAAACGUGUAACGUGGAAGACUGCCUGUUUUCUAAGAUGUAAAUCCCUCAGAGUACAUGGUGUACAGUUUUUAUCUUGGGUUGUCAUUUCACAAUCAUUUAUGAACAUAGAAGUUAUGGUCAAGGACAAAUUAUGGUAUCUAUUACUUUUUUUAAUGGUUUUAAUUUGUAUAUCUUUUGUACAUGUAUCUAUCCUAGAUAUUUGGCUAAUUUUAAGUGGUUUUGUUAAAGUAUUAAUGAUGCCAGCUGUCAGGAUAAUAAUAAAUCGACUUGGAAAUCUUUGACUUAGUUAAUUGGAGGUUUAAAUAUGACUUGUUCCAGAUUCUCUUGGAAAAGACAAUUUGUUUGUAGUUUGUUGUGCAGUGGGGAGUGAGGAGCCUUCCUCUAAAACACCCUGAAAAAUCCUGGCACUCAUUUCCUCAACAACUGGACUAGUGUGCUGACGGUCACCAACUAAACACGCCUGGACUAAACCGCCUGCUCGCACAGUGAGACCCUCAGACUCAGCUCUGUGUAAACACCCUGCAGCAGCCUCUGAAAGUGAUUUUUUUUGAUUCCUCAUCAACUUCUAGACUCUACCCAGGCCACAGAAGAGGUUGAAAAUGGUUUGGGAAGCUUUUUGCGCAUAUGAACAGUCAAAAAUCACUUUGGAGGUUCAUUUUAAAGCUGACAUUAAAAAAAAAAAACAUCAGGCUUUAUAUUGGAAUUAUGAAUAAAAAAAAUACCCAGAGUAGUUUGUACUGAAUAAAUUAUCCUUUUAAUAGCUAUAUAUGCAAAUAUACAACUUAUUGUUAGUUAACAAUUCUCUUCUUUUUUCUUUUUCUUGCUGGCUUUUUACUUGGUGCUUUUUCUUGUUUUGCACUGACGAUCUGUGUUCUGUGAAUAAAGUAACAGUUCACUGAUGA